CAGUUUCCAUCUUGCAUGGUUCUACGGUUGAAAAUUCCUUCGCUCGUAAGCGUAGAAAAACGCAUUCUCACGAGGCUCGUCGAUAAAGCGAAUUAUAAUACGGAUUUUCUCGAUACCUUUGUCGGCCGGCCAGUUUAAUACUUGACCGUGGGUGGGCACGAUGAAUAAUACUUUCCCGUCGACAAGUCGGGACAUCCGUUCCGAUCGUGCCACGACUGUUCGUCAUUUAUCUCUGACCGCGAUGGAUGAGUCGCGUGAGAAGUUCGCGAAGCGUUUCUGUAUCUAUCCGUAAUCUCUCGAGUAAUGAGGUGGAUCCUCCUUUUGUACGAACCCGUCCUAGGGAAUCGUCGUUACUCUCCCGUGAAUCCUUCUGCUCACCUGGGAAGGAUGAGCCCGCUCAUUAAUUAUAGUCGCUCCGCGGCGAUGACUGGAAACAAAGUGUUUUCAGUGUCGGGGGUACAUCCACCUAAGCCUGUCCUAGGACGGGAACGAAUUGAAAUUCUCAUCGCGAUCAACGCGCCUACGCGCCACUUCAGCUACGAGAUGAAGGUGACCGACUUGCUACCAAUAAUAAUCGCUGACCUUUCUCGUUAACGUUUCAACGGCAGAUGCGUGCUCGAGUAAACGAUCCGCGAAAGAGCGAUAAGAGAUAGCAGAUGCGAGAAACGUCGUUGGUUCGCUUAAGAAAAUUGCUAAUUUUCUGUACGUCGUAUAAGACAACGUAAUAUCGGCGAUAAAGGCAACUUGUAUCUCUAACGAAGUUUACGUGGUUCGAUAGUUUUCAGGUGGGUAGUUUCACCUAUAAUGUUUCGACACGGUCGAAUUAUUCGGCGCUCGUUCAAAUUCGUCCGAAGAAAUUGUACGACAAGGAAUUAAAAAGUGUACGUAUACGGAUAAGAUGCUUGAUUGUACUAAAUUAAAGCAAGCUAUUAAUAUUAUCCGAAUCUAGUAUGGACAUGAGAUACAGAGUAACAGAGAACGUAGCAGAAAAUAAAAAUACAUUUUUGGAAGACUCUGUAACGGCACAGGAAUCAAAGGACGAUGCGAGUCGAGAGCGACUCAUGCUGUUGUUUUGCCUCAGGACAUUCACUCAGCCUUGACGCAGAAAUGUAAUGAUAAACAAACUCCGGCUAUAUGCAACCGUCGAAUGAAGACGAAUUUGAAUUUUCCGACUUUCCCUCGACCAGCAUAAAUAAACGGACGCGAUCGCGAACGACAGAGUAUCGAACAGCAUCGAACAGCAUCGUACAGUAUCGUACAACAUCGUAUAGUAUCGAACAACAUCGUAUAGUAUCGAACAGCAUCGUACAGUAUCGUACAGUAUCGUACAGCAUCGUACAGUAUCCAACAGCAUCGUACAGUAUCGUACAACAUCGUAUAGUAUCGAACAGCAUCGUACAGUAUCGAACAGCAUCGUACAGUAUCGAACAGCAUCGUACAGUAUCGAACAGCAUCGUACAGUAUCGUACAGUAUCGUACAGUAUCGUACAGUAUCGUACAGUAUCGUACAGUAUCGAACAGUAUCGUACAGUAUCGUACAACAUCGUACAGUAUCCAACAGCAUUGUACAGUAUCCAACAGCAUUGUACAGUAUCGAACAACAUCGUACAGUAUCGUACAACAUCGUACAGUAUCGUACAACAUCGUAUAGUAUCGAACAGCAUCGUACAGUAUCGUACAGUAUCGAACAGUAUCGUACAGUAUCGUACAGUAUCGUACAGCAUCGUACAGCAUCGUACAGCAUCGUACAGUAUCCAACAGCAUCGUACAGUAUCGAACAGCAUCGUACAGUAUCGAACAGCAUCGUACAGUAUCGUACAGUAUCGUAUAAGUAUCUCGAAGUACCUCACGAGUAUUUACCGAGUUACGCGACGAGCAUUAACGAAUGUUUAUUCCGCGAUUUUAUUCUGCGAUUUAUAUUUCGUACUAACGACUGGCGUAUACGUCUGUACGUUAAUUUAUUUAUUUGUUGGAAAUAUAAUUGACGGAUUGCGACAGCAAUCUCUCGCUCUCGUUGUUUCACGUUAUAUUUAUCCUCGACCAAUCCUCCACAACUCGAAUCUAUCAAGUUCAUGUUUCGACUGCAAUUAACGUAAGUUUUAUGAACGCAAAAACACGUUCUGUGUUUCAACCAUGUUGUG